AUGGCCGACUAUAGAACCACCCGGGUCUAUCGAGAACGCCGCGAAAGUGAUUCUGACGACGAGCGCUUUAAAGCCACCACUGUUACCCGAUACAAGGUCAACCAGCCGCGAAUAGAACGAUACGACCGCACUGAGAAGUUUAUUGAGAUGGACGACGAACGACGCUCGCGCUACUCCGGGGAGCGUAACAACGACUAUGUAGAGUAUGAGCGGAGAGAGCGCUAUGUCCCCGACAGGCCGCGCUCCGCCGUCGAUGUUGAAGGCGAUCGCACUCGCACCGUCUUUUAUGAGCGAGAUGUUGAGCGCCGUGAGUCGGACCGUGACUGGGAGAGACGCCCCCGCCAUCAUGAUGAGGAUGUGCGCAUCGAAAAGAGGGUUGAGGAGCGCUUUGAGGACAACCACGGCCACGAGGUUGAGCGUUAUCGCAAGGAAACCGAUUAUUAUCGAGAGCCGGAGCACUCUUCACCUGUUGUUGUGCGCCAGCGCGCCCCGGACCAGAAAAUCAUUGUCCAGGAAGCGCCCCCGCAGCAGAUUGUCAUUCCCAGACAGGACCCAAACAUCAUUGUGCUCAGGGAGAGAGAGGGUGAUCGAGAAGUCGCCCGUGUUCCCUACGACGAAGAGUAUUAUUACCGCCGUGAACGGAGAGAGGUUGGCGAUCGCCGUCAACACCGCCGCGAUGACUACCACAGCGACGAGGAUGACUAUUACUACUCUCGCCGCACCGUUCGCCGCAACCGCAGCCAGAGCUCGGAUCAUCACAAGCGCCACCUCGCUGAGGGUGCCCUUGCCGGCGCUGGCAUCACCGCCUUGCUCUCAAGUCGUCCCAAUGAGUACGGAGAGAUUGCCGAGGGUCGUGGCAAGAAGGUUCUUGCUGGUGCUGCUCUGGGAGCUCUUGGAACUGAGGCCAUCAGGCGAGCUCACAGCGCAUAUGAAGAUCGCUGGGGAGACGGCGACGAAUCUCCCGAUCGCCAUUCCGCGCUCAAAAAGGGUCUCGGCCUUGCGGCAGUUGCUCUCGCUGCAGCCGGCGCCGUCAAGUACCACCAGGCCAGCAAAGCCGACAAGGAGGAGAGACGCCGAGGCCGCAGCCGAGGCCGCGGCUACUAUUCCGGCGAUGACUACUACUCGUCUUCUCGCUCGCGCUCUCGCUCGCGCCGACCCAGCCGUAAGCGCAGCCUUUCAACCUUGGCCAAGGCCGCUGUUGGAACCGCCGCGGCUGCUGGCCUGGUCAAGCAUUUCCGCGACAAGUCAAAGUCGCGAUCCAAGUCACGACAUGGAAGCAGAUCUCGUAGCAAGUCGACGCUGCGACGUGGCGCUGAGCUUGCCGGUGCCGCCGCUGCUGCUGGCAUAGCCGGCAAGGUGUGGAAAGACCAUCACGACAAGAAGAAGGAGAGAGAGAGAGAGGCUUCGACCUCUCGUGGAUUCAGCGAUGACGAUCAUCAUGAUCGCGAUUAUGAUAGGCGCGACUCUCCCAGCCGAAGCAGGAGCAGGAGCAGGAGCAGGUCGAGGGCCAGAUCCCUUUAUUCCGAAACCGCGGCUGAUCCUGGGCUAGGCUUGAUUGAGUACGGGCACGAUCCCCUACCACCCGAUCCGCGCUCUCCCACGGGCCAAGGAUAUGAAUCCGAGGCCGAGGAGAGGCGACGAAACCGACGGAGAAGACGUGAAAGAGAUCCCUCCUCUUCUGGAUCCGAUGAAGAGAGGAAACGGAGCAGGAGCAGGAGUGAGCUACGAGACGCAGUGGGCGCGGGCGCAGCGGCCGCUGGCAUUAAAGCGUACAAGGACCACAAGGACAAAGAGAGGAAGGCAAAGGAAGAGGAGAGGCGGGAAGAGAGGAGAGCGGAGCGGAAGGAGGAGAGGAGAGACGAGAAGAGAGAGAGGCGCUCGAAGGAGAGGCGCUCAAGGGAGCGCGAUGAGCAAGGACAACGCUAUCCCGAUGUCCCUCCAAACGGUGGCUUCUUUGAUGAAGGCAGGCCGCACUCCCCCCCAACUGCCUCUGGCGGUGCCUACUACCCCCCCUACCCCAUGACUCCGGGAUCGAGCACUCCCGGAACCGCCCCCCCUCCUACCAGUAUUCCUCCCCCAGCUCCGCCUCCACCUCCAGCGGUCCCGCCGCCAGUUGGUGUUCCACCGCGAGAGCACAGCUACACGCCGUAUACUGAUCCUAACGUGCCUCCACCUCGGGAGUACCAUCCCUACGUGCCACAAGACUAUCACGGGUAUGCUCCUCCGCCCCCGCCGGCCGGUCCCCCGCCACCCUCCGGACCGCCGCCUCGCGUCAACUCCUCGGGAAUACCCGGUUAUGUACCUCCUCCGCCGGCUGGGCCACCGGCGGGCGGUAUCUUCCCGAAUGAUCAAGCACUGCCACCGCCUCGCAUUGAGAUUCCCGAGAUUGUGUUUCCUAUUCGUACCAGGAGAAAGUCUGUGUCGUUUGGGCCGCUUUCUCCGACGAGUUCCAAGACAAUGCAGAGGCAUAAAAAGGAGCAUGACACCAAGUCUGAAUCAGACAGUUCCGAGUCUGAGGACGACAAGCGGCGUGAGAAUCAAUUCAAGCGGUCGAGCCACCACCGUCGAUUAACGUCUGAUACGACUCACGACCGCUCUCCUAACCGGGAUGGCGAAGGUAGGCGUCGGAGACAUCGUCACUCUGAUUCAGACGACGAUGUCGAAAAUCUACCUGAUCGUUUCGACUCGCAUGGCAAACCACUGGAUGGCGGACGUCACGGCAAGAACCGCAUCGUUACUCGAAGCGGCGAGUUUCACCGUCCAGCACAACGGCCUGGAGGCAUGGAAGUUCACGGCGGAUGGGCGCUUGGCGGGACGGACCCUGAGCAAAUCGAAAAACUGGUGAGAAACGUGACGGGGGCUCUGGAGGGGCGGAAAAGCUGGUUGGCGGGACCGUUGGCGGGAGUAUUGCAACCCCCUGGUGGUAGUGGUGGCAGCGGUGGUGGUGAGGGUGAGGGGAGACGAAGGCAGAUUGAGGACGACGACGAUGAUAGGGAGAGGAGGCACAAGAGGAGGAGAUGA